AAUUACGUAUCCAUAGUUCCAUAUUAUCGCCUUAUAUACUAUACUGUCUACUGUUGAGAUCGAGAUUGCACUCGACCGUCCAGACGUCUGUGGUCAUUUCAGUCCCACAGAAAGAACCAUGGGGAAAAUGGGUCAAGGGAAGAAGAAGUCAUACUACAGAAAGAGUGCAGCAAGCUUUCGUAAACAAGAUCGUAUGCUUCAAGCUGGCAUGAAGGGAAUCUUAAUCACAUGCUCAGGGAAUGAAUCCAAGUGUGUGAUAGAGGCUUACAAUCUUCUUAAUGAAUAUGCAGAUCAGCUGUAUGGACCAGAGAAAUGUGCCGAUGAGAAUGAGGCAGUUGGGGGUGAAGAUGAGAGUGAGGAGGAUAUUUCAGACUUACUUGAGAAGGAGGUGAACGCACUGAAGGAGCAGCAUCGCAGUAAAGUCAAACGGUUUAGAUCAUCCCGUACAGGAACUAAGAAUGUCAUCUUCAUUCAAACCACGGGCGUUGACCCGCAUAACCUGAUGCAUCACAUCUUAGCGGACCUGGAGAAGACCAAGGUGCAGAAGACCAGAAACAUCCAGAGAAUGCUUCCAGUCUCUCAUUCCUGUAAAUCCUUUGAGGAUAAGAUUGAGAAGACGGCACAAGAAAUGAUUUUUCCUGUCUUUCUUGCUGCUGAUGUGCCAGAUUCUACCUUCUGCAUCAUGUUUAAAGCAAGGAAUAACAAUAAAAUCAAGAAAGAGCGCAUCGUUGAGCUGCUUGCCCCGCUAGUACUGCAAGGAAGCUCCCACAUACACAAGGUAGACUUUGAUUCUCCAGACUACACUGUAAUGGUGGAUGUCCUGGGUGGUGUAUGUUGCCUAUCUAUUCUCAAGGACUACAACAGAUACAAGAAGUACAACCUCCAUCUCGUUGCCAGUAGCGAUGAUGCUGUGACGUCAGGAGAAGGGAAGAGAAAGAGGACAGAAGGGGAAGGAAAAGAGGAGGAGGAGAGAGAGGAGGUUGCAAAGAAGUUAAGAGUAGGAGAGUCAGAAGAAGUCAGCGGGGCAGAUAUGUCUUCAGAAGAAUCUUGUCAAGCUGAUGAAGAAGGUGCAGGACCAUCGGCAUCAUCAGAACCAUCAGAACCAUUGCUGUCAGAGUCAGCUCCUGCCACAAGAACUUUGAUAAACUCGUCUUAUGAAAAUCAGGAGGAUUCUACGACUUCUAACAUAACUUCGUCAUCACAACCAUCAACCGUGACAAACUGUGCAGAUAAUGAAGUUGUUGCAAGUGACUCUUAGUAUUUAUGGAAGUAACAGGUUUUCUCUUAAAGGAGACUCAGUGAUCAGAUAAGCUGAUAAGGUCAACAAUAUCUAUUUGAUGAGAGAGGUUUGAAAAGCAUUGUUUUGUACUUGAUGCAUUUAGCUUUUUCCAUGUUAAAGGUACUACAGUAUGUCCCAUUUGCAGGCCCAAGAAAUAAAAA